AUGAGCUCCUCCGAGCGUGGCAAGCGCCAAAAGCAGCGCAAGGUGCUUCUGAUGGGCCGCUCGGGCGCGGGCAAGUCGUCCAUGCGGUCGAUCAUCUUCAGCAACUACGUCGCCAAAGACGUGCGGCGCCUCGGUGCAACGGUCGAUGUUGAGCACAGUAAUAUCAAGUUCAUGGGUAACUUGAUGCUGAAUCUUUGGGACUGUGGAGGACAAGAUGCCUUCGUCGAGUCCUACCUGACAAACCAGCGAUCUCACGUCUUCACGUCCGUCGCCGUGUUGAUCUUUGUCUUCGACAUCUCCUCCAGCGAACCCGCGGCGGACCUGCUGUCCUUCGCCUCGACCAUCCGGGCGCUGCACGAAUUCAGCCCCAACAGCAAGGUCUUUGUGCUCUUCCACAAAAUGGACCUCAUCCCCUCGGUGGAACAGAAAACCACCGUAUUCCGUGACCGUGCCGCCGAAGUCCGAAACACUUGCGAAGCGGAAGGCUUUGUCCCGGGCCAGGUUGAUUUCAGCGCCACAUCCAUCUGGGACCAGAGUCUGUAUCGAGCCUGGACGCAGGUGAUCUAUUUCCUCGUCCCCAACGCCGCCACCAUCGAAGCCAUGCUUCAGAAGCUCGCGGACAUUCUCGAUGCCAAGGAGCUCUUUCUCUACGAACGGACCACCUGUCUGAUCGUCACACAUGUCUCUCGAGGGCCGGAAAACCCCUACCCCGACCGCUUCGAACGCCUCUCGAGCAUCCUCAAAUCCCACAAGCAUUCGAUGGCCAAGCAUACUGGCGUCAUGGCCUCCGAGGUCUCGUUUGCCGAAAUGCAGAUCAAGACGGGGGCGUUUAUGUUUUUCAUCACGCGUCUGACGGAGAACACGAACAUCGCCGUCGUCAUGCCGAGCAACGAGGGCGCCUUCAAUGUCGCCCGGAUCAACGUCCAGCUGGCCCGGAAGGAGUUUGCGCACCUGGAUAUCGUGGAGAAGAAAGGGAAAGAGGUGCAGCGCGUGCCCAAGGAAGAUUUGGAGGCGUUGUCGGAUUGA